GUAGGAAGUGGGUUUGGAAAUCGACGGCUGCUCCCGCUGCGAGGGAGAGGCGGUGACUGCAGCGUGAGGGCGGGUGCUGCGGCUGAACAGGCGCCGGGAGCUUACCAGAGGCCGGGGUGGGCUCCGCCGAGCCCUGGAGCGGGGGCUCCAACGGAUAUUCUCCCCUCCCGCGCAAAGCAGCUCCAUCCGCGGCCGGCCUCUUCGCCGCAGCAUGGCCGAGUCGACUUCUAGCGUGGGAGCGACCACGACGGUCACCGAGACGGAGGUGACUGAGCCGGAAAAUCGUAGUCUCACUAUCAAAUUAAGAAAACGAAAGCCAUCCAAGAAGGUGGAAUGGUCAAGUGACACAGUGGACAACGAGCACUUGGGACGGAGAUCUUCCAAAUGCUGCUGCAUCUACGAGAAGCCCCGGGCUUUUGAUGAGAGCUCAACAGAGAGCGAAGAUGAGGACGAUGAAGGCUGUGGCAAUGCCCAUUGCAUCCGAGGCCACAAGAAAAGCCAGCGGGGGAAGGCACCGUCUAAAGCAGGAGAUGCUGGUCCAAAGGAGAACAACUCCAAGAAGGUGGAGCUACCUGACCAAAACCAUGCGGGGGCCAUGCAGCACUGAACCAGACUUGGCCAUGGGGCAGAGAAGGAGCUCCUCAACUCUCCCCCAAGGAAGGACUGACACUGCCCCAACUGAGGCGAGGGAUGAAAAGAAGGGAAGGCCUAUACAUCCAGUUCUCAGCUGUCUUGUGCUGGUGCUGCCUUGACUGUGGGUAAGGGGGAGGGAGGGGCACUCACACCCAGCUCCACGCCUGUCUUGUGUCAGUGCUGCUACUGUUGUCUCUAUCCAUCCGUGGCUGGUGAGUCUGUCUGGUGCCACCCAUCCUCACCCUGCCCAACGAGGAAUGUAUUGACAGGACCUUCUUGGGUACUGUGGCUGAUUUUUUUUCCCCCCCUCCACUGCAACUUAAUUAAAUAUUUGUUAUCGGUGAUGAAUAUGACGGGGAUUGGGUCUGCUUUGAGAAGAGCAGUGAUAGAGCUUCGACCAAGAUCUUUCCUCCUUCCCCUUGUCUUCCUCACUAUCUCCGGUUUCUUCCUUUAUUGCAGGCUCCUUUCCCAUUGGUCUUUUUUAGCUCUGUGUAAGAAACCUACAGUCCACUUGGUUAAUCCGUGCUUGCAUUCUUCUUUUGCACUGAGCCUGCAUCACUGUCACUGUCGGCUCCACUGCCUCCCACUUGCAGACUCACUCAGUGCAAACUCACUCUGACAUAAAGCUGCCUUAUAAAGAUGCAGUCAUUGGGUCCCUCCACCUUCUCAGGCUCCUAGUUCCUGGAAAAGGGUAGGUGUUGAUUCCACCUCAUCAGUGAUAGCACGACAGUCUCCACUUGUCUUCAGGUAUCUUCUUAAAAGGACAUUUCCUCUCCCCCCCACGUGUUUUUUUUUAAUUUUUCUUACAUAAACCAUCUCUAAGAAUUCUUAGUAGUAGGAAUGAAAGGUAUGGAGAGGGUGCAAAAGACAUGGGAAAUGGUUGGAAACAUCGUGGGUCUUACUGAUUUGGAGUUGAGGUGAAAUUGAAAAUGUAAACUAGAAAGAUGUAAAAGAGGUGAACGUUGUAUGCACAGGCUGAUGUAUGGACUCAAAACACAACAACCCGGGAAGUUGGGCCCAGUCUGAAAACCAAUCCCACGGUCCCCUUGCACAAUCCCCGUAUAUUCCAUUGCUUGGGCAGAAGUUCAUAUUAAGUAUGACCUUUCCUGAAACCACGGGGGAUUCCGCUGGAGCCUAAGGAAUGGGACCUUCCGUUGCAUGAACAUUUUAUUAUUCUGGCUACCCGUGGUUUGAUGUGGGAGAAUUGUACAUUCUCAAAAUCUUCCUCUUUCCUCCGUGUGUUUAUUUUAGCACCCUGCUGAUUAAAAAUAUCACAUUCCACAAGAAAUGUUCACAGCAGUGUGGCCUUUUUGACAGGUAAGCUCAGUUUAGUCAGCCUUACAGCAGGUAUGUUUCUCAGCAGCCAUGAUGAACUACUUUUUUCAGAGAUUAAAGCUGAAGGUGCAUGAACAUUCUCGGUGGAAACCUUUAAAAUAAGAAGCCAAUCUUGCCCCCUAGUGAGGUUUAACCCCCCUUAAUUCUUGUAUCACUCAUUUGCCGAAGUGGGUUCUUGGCUUAGGGAGAAGUCUGUGCGGGACAGUUUGGGUUUCAGAGAAAGCCUCUUGUAUUUUGUGUUCUCACUAGAUAAAAUUUGGUUUACAAAAUAACAGAAGAAGGCUGGACCUCCUGGCAUUUUGUGAUAAAACUCAUAGUUAGCCACUAUUUUUAGGCAAGUUGCAUGGCACAAUUGGAUAAAUAUUGUAGUUGGUUGAGCUUAUGGACUUCAUUAUGUGCUCUUUGCUUCCCCUCCCCCCCACAAUACAAACUCUACAGAUGUACAGAUCUGGGCAGGCUAUAUAAGCUUCUAUAUAGUAUUACUGUCUUUUGUUUUCACCAGAGAAGUAAGAUAUAUGUUUGCUCACAAUCAGCUGAGAAAAUAGAUUGUGCCUCCGUGACUGGCAUAUUUCAUAGCAAACAUGUUGCAAAACAGGACAUUGGAUGGACUGGCCCAGCAAACACAAGAAUUGCUGUAUAAAAUGCUAUAAAAUAUAUUUACAGGAAAGCACAAAAUUGGGCAAAUUGACUGGGAGGUCAUUUAGACAGUUUCUUGUUGGCCUUGUUGGAAAAUAGAAUGUUCAU